AUGGCGAAUCCAAACCGAUAUUUUAUGUCGUCGCCACGCUUCUACGUCGAAAAGGAACGAACGACGAAUGAGAUUUCCGAUUAUCGCUACCACAAGGAUUACAGCGGCCGCCAUUCCAUUGCGGACUUGUCGCUGACUUCAUACCGACCUUACGAGCGCGAGCGCCAGGGUCGCUAUGGAUCGCAAUCUGAACGCAGAAUCCACCGUUCCCGAUCGAGAUCUAGGUCUAGUUCCAGAUCCAGCAGUAGCUCUAGAACGAGGACAUCGCGCUCACGGUCGCACCAUUCCCACGCGCGGUCGUCCCGACACCAUUCCUCCCGUCAUGGCGAUAGACAUCAUCGGCGACAUCACAGGCACCAUCGCCCCAAUUCGAUUUCGAGCAGUUCUUCGAGCGAUAGUCUCUCGUCGUUGACAAUUUCAAGUCCACCACAAUUUGUCACCCCAGUCCAUGAGUUCGAGAGGAGUGAGAAAGGGGACCUUGAGAUAAAAAUCGGGGAUGUCAUUGAAGUCAAACGGUAUGUCGAUAAAAACUGGUACAAGGGGACAAAUUUGUCCACCCGCAAGAAGGGUAUAUUCCCUAUCGCAUACGUAAAAGAAGUCGAAGUAUCUAGCACAAAGGUGGUAGAGCAGCUCUCUGGAAGGCGAGCAGCUAGUCAGUCUAGAGUUAGUGAGAAGCUUCUUGUGGAACUACCCAAGGAAACCGAACGCAAGGGUAGUUUCUUUUACCCGAGCGAUACUGUCAUCGUUCGGGAUCGUGGUAACAGGGUUACAAGUACCGGCUACCGGGAAAUCGACCAGGACGUUAUCCUUAUCCGACCCAAGGAUACCAUAAACAACGAACCAGCCAAGAUUGUCAGACCGACAUCCGAACGUGAAGUCGUCGAGGAAGAUGUCACCAUAAUUCAGCCGCGUAGGACCAUUGAAGCCCCAGUCAUCAAGGACGAGAAGAUUAUUAUUCCCAUCCGCCGCAAGGAAAUACCUUAUAGCGAGGUAUCAAAAUAUGCAAAUAGUGGCCCAGAGGUCGACAUUGAACGACUUCGACUGUCAUCGCGACAUCGAGAUUCUGAAGAAAGAUAUGUCAUCGAACGGCCCAAGGAAACUAGGGAGGUCCUGGUAAGGCCGAAAGAGAUCGUUGUCGAGAAGCCAGUGGUGGUGGAGCGACCUCGUGAGGUUGUUAUCGAAAGGCCCCGCGAGAUAGAGGAAGCUAGUACCGUCAUUAGUCAGGGCGGUCGUUCUAGAGCCCGAUCUAUAAAAGAGAUUCGACUUGACAGGGGCAUCAGUUACAGCCCUCCGGCAAGAAAGAAGGAAUUCAAGAUGCUCCCGCCCCCUCAAACGAUCACAUAUAACGAAUACGGAGCACCAGUAUUUGUCGACACCAAAACAUUUGCUCCGGCCCCGAUAAUGUCGGCUCCUCCAAGGCCACAUUAUGCAACUAGAGCUCUAGAGCCGGCUCCGGUUCCAGUGCUUCCACAAAGCCUUCCUCGAACCCGCGUUCAACAUGCCUAUCAGUACUAA